GAUAACGUACCUUUUGAGAGUAAGUCUUUGAAAUCACCAGCUUAUCAUGGCCAUUAGUUGAUUUGAGCUUGGAUUUCAACAUCACAUGAUCGUCUUCUUGAGAUAUUGCAACCUACAAUAUGGUUAAUGCUGUAAAUAAAUUAUGGAUUUUCUUUCUUUCCAUGGUAACAAACAUGCAACUUUCCUGAGACUCAGCCCACUCGAGCAACAACUAAAAGAAAAAGAGAAGGUGGAGGCUAGAUGUUGGGAACCUUUGGAAGUGUUAGUGUUGGCACAAUCUUGGAUCGAUAUUUCAGAAGAUGCGGCGGUUGGAAAAGACCAAAAGCAUAACUGCUUUUGGAUUCGCGUUUUACACAGGUUCCAUAAAAGAAAGAACCAUGGAGAAUACCAUUCAAAACAUCAAGUGUACUCCAAAUGGGGGAAGAUAAACAAGGAAGUCAGCAUGUUGUUUAAUGACUUGUGGAACAACAUGAAACGUCAAUGGAAAAGUGGAGAAAGCGAUGAACUGAUUUUGAAGAAAGCGUUGAAAGUGUAUCAAAAAGAAAAUCUGAAGACUUUCAAGUUUCUUGAAGUUUGGAAUUUUUUGAAAGAUAACAGGAAAUGGCUGAGUAGCAAAACAUCAGACGAGCAUAUCGACAGUGGGUCAAAACGCAACAGAACAUCUGAGUCUGACCACAUUACAUCAGAUGCUCGUGUUCAAUUUGAUCUGAACGAAGAUGAACAUGUUCCAGUUUCACCACCUUCCCGACCAAUGGGAAGAGACAAAUCAAAAGGCAAAGCGUCGGAUUCAGAUGAUUUGAAAGAAAUGGGAUCCGACAUGAAAGGUAUAAAAGACAUAAUGGACAAGAUUUUGAAAAUUGUUUCGGAAAAAAAGGGAGAGCGACAUGCGAAUACUAGCGAUGGACACGUUGAAUAUGAUCGGAGCCGAGCUUGAAGUGGUUUUGGCGAUGAAGGAGGAAGUGAAAAAUCGUUACAUCAAUCGUGGCUAAUUUCUAGUUUUUUUUUUCAAAUUUUUAAUCGUUUCGUGUACGUGUGUGUGUGUGUGUUUUUUUUAAGUUGUAGGUUUUAUGUUUCUACUUUGUUUUUCUAAAUUUUUAGGUUUUUUUAAGUUAAGUAAUGUAUGGUAUUUGUAUUUUUAAUUAAUGAAAUAUUAUCUUUUUUAAAUUAUGUUUUUUUUAUUAAAUAAAUAAGUUUUAUUAAAUUAAAAUAGUUAACA